CGGUGUUAGUCCAAGUAAGGAGGGGAGUAUGGGCCGGGCUCGGUUUUAGGUGGAGUUUGUCCUGAUAUAAAUGAACUCCCUCUGCUUGCCGACCGCCCCUGUAAAGCUCGCACCUACACGUCUCUCCUUUCCAGCUUUACGAGUCCUGCAGCCAGUCCUACUCCACCAUGUCUUUCAUCAGAGAGUUUAUGAUGCAAACAGUCUAUCUGGGCAUGCCCGAUGAGUCAAUCUUAAAAAACGAGGGGACCGUGAAGUCCUCGCCAAACUUCAGCGCCAGUGGUGAUGCAGCAGUCUUGGACCAGGCCAUUAAGGCAAAAGGUGUGGAUGAAAACACCAUCAUUGAAAUACUGGUGAAGAGGAGCAAUGAGCAAAGGCAGCAAAUUAAAGAAGCUUACCAACAAGCUAGCGGAAAGCCUCUUGAGGCAGCACUGAAGAAGGCAUUGAAGGGAGAUUUAGAGGAUGUGGUCAUGGCUCUUCUGAAAACGCCAGCCCAGUAUGAUGCCCAGCAACUGAAAAUGGCCAUGAAGGGGUUGGGAACAGAUGAGGACACCCUCGUUGAGAUUUUGGCCUCUCGGACCAACAUGGAGAUUUUGGAAAUAAAAAAGGCCUACAAGGAAGAGUACAAAAAGGACCUGGAGGAAGAUGUCAGAUCUGACACCAGUGGAGACUUCAGAAAUGCACUCCUUUCACUCUGCAAGGCCAACCGCACUGAGGGAGUGUGUGAACAACUAAUUGACAGUGAUGCCAGGGCUUUGUAUGAGGCUGGAGAGGGGAGGAAAGGAAAAGACUGCUCCGUUUUCAUUGAAAUCCUUACUGUCAGGAGUGCCCCUCAUCUCCGUGAAGUGUUUCAGAGGUACUCUAAGUACAGCAAGGUUGAUGUGGCCAAAGCAAUUGAUCUGGAGAUGAAGGGUGAUAUUGAGAAUUGCCUCACAGCAGUCGUCAAGUGUGCUGGGAGCAGGUCUGCUUUCUUUGCUGAGAGGCUGUACCUAGCCAUGAAGGGAUCUGGAACCCGCAAAAACAUCCUUACACGUAUCAUGGUGAGCCGCUCAGAAAAAGAUUUGAAACUAAUCAAGGCAGAAUACAAGAAAAAAUAUGGGAAAACACUCUACCAGGACAUUCUGGAUGAUACGAAAGGAGACUAUGAGAAGAUUCUCCUUGCUCUCUGCGGGAGUGAGGACUGAUUUGUCUUCUACUUACUAUAAGCUCUAAAACGGCUAACAGGGCCAUCAAAACUGAAGGACGGCCUCCAAGUCCAACAGCGUAAAAUAACCUCCUGUCAUGAAACCUAAGUAUUAACAGGGAUGGGAAAAGAUUGCAUUGUAUCUGUUGAGGGAUGUUUAUUUGGCAAUCUUUUCAAUAAAAUACUUAUUCUUACCAUGGAUUUAAGUUUACCAAAAGAUGUCGAAAUAAUAAAGCGGGUGCAUGAAAAAAAAUAAAGCUUGCGACACAGAAACCAAAAUACCCUCCUCCUCCUGUGAAAAAUACUGUAUACCUGUGCAACUGAAGGAGUUUAAGCAAAUAAAAAUGCUUUUUUUA